GGGGCAGCUUGCAAGUCCAAGCUGUUGUUUCAAGGCCUACGACAAGGGUUAGGCUUCAGCGGCAGCCAUCUCAGUUGUCGCCGAUACCAAUUCUUGCGGCGGGACCGUCUCACUUGAAAGCAUAGCGCCCCAGGCCUGCUUACCUUUGCAAUGAUCAAUACCUGGCUCGCCUGGCCGAGCGCGAGCCCGCGCCUCGCCGCAGGAGCCGUCCUCCUGGUUAUAGUAUGGCACCUCGCGCGCGGCGCCCACUCCCGUUUGAUAGCAUCGCUCCAGCGGCGCGUCGCGCACAAAUUAGGAGGCGCCGGCUGGACGAACCUCGGCGCACCGGGCGCGCCUUCAUACGAAGCCGCCUGCGAGGCGCUCGCAUCAUCAAUCUGUGACUCUACGAUGAAGGUGGACGGCCCGAUCCUAAGCGUCGGCUGCGGGAGUUCCGGAAAGGAAUUAGCUUGGCUCGCCGAGCGCUACGACACGUCUGUGAUCGGCGUCGACGCGACGGCCCCGGUCAAAACCUUCGCUGAUCCUAGGAUACGACUCCUGCGAGGCCGGGCGGACGAUUUACGGUGUGGAUCGCGGUGUCAUGGUCUUGUCGUGGCGAUCGACUGCGCCUACCACUUUCACUUGGACUCAUUUUUAUCAGAGGCGUUUAAAACCCUAAAACCGGGCGGCCUGUUGCGCUUCUCGCACGUCUGCGGGAGUGUGGUGGGUUUAGGAUUGUUGGGUGUCCGGACGACGUCACUUGAGUGUUUACAAAGGGCCCUCGCUCGGCACGGCUUCGAAGACAUUGACGUACGGACGCUCCCGAACGUGUUAGAAAGGUGGAACCUGGCCUUCGGCGGGCGGUUAACUUACGUUAUUGUGAGCGCGAGACGACCCGCCUCGGAAAAGCCGCGGCCGCGUGUGGCCGUGAUAGGCGGCGGCCUCUCGGGUCUAACGAGCGCCUUCCGCUUAAGACGGGCGGGCUGCGCCGUGACGUUAUUUGAAAGGGCGCCGUCACUGGGCCUGUCGCGGAACGAGUGGCGGGGGCCCCAUGGUACUGUAGAUGUACCUCUACGCAUGGUCGGCGAGGGCUACUACCUCUCGCUGUUGAAUCUUUGUAGGGAUGCUUCUGUUUGUACAACAAGGGCGACGGUGGACUGCUCCUUCACGCUUGGGAGUGGUGACGUCGUCGCAUAUAGUCGAUCGAAGCUCGGGAACCUCCUCCAAUUGCGGCGUAUCGGUCUCUGGAACGCUUUACGCUUAGAUCGGGCCUUGAAAGCGUCCUACGACGGGAACUGGGGCUCAUUUUUAUCUAGACAUCGUUUGGAUGAGACGAACGCGGCCGUCUCUAUGUUAAACGCGCAGCUGUCCUGGGUCCUCUCCGCUUCGCGUACAGCGGUCGAGGGCACGCCGGCGGCCUCUAUUUUAGGAUAUGCGCGGGGGCUGACUUUAUCAUUGAAAACGUGUCUGGUCGGCAGUCGCAAUUUUGUUUCAAGAAUCACGCCGUCCAUCGGAGCGCUGGAGCGGGCCCUGGCCUUUGGGUGCGAUAUAAGGUUGGGCCGGGCCGUCGUCGUCGAGGGCGAUCGGUGUAUCGACGGCGUCGCGUACGAUGCGGUGAUCGUCGCGACGCCGCCGGGGUGCACGCGCGCCGUGCUGCCCGCCAUGGAGGACCUCGCCGUCUUCGACCAGUUCGCCACGGAGACGCGAUCCCUCAUAAUACAUCGAGACGCGUCGCUGAUGCCAUCAAAUCGCGGGGACUGGCGUUCCUUGAACGUGACGUGCGCGUCGGAUCGCGACGCCGCGUCGUUGACGGUGUGGCUCAACGCGUUCUAUCCCGAACUUAAAUUCGACGGCGAUAUUUUCGAGACCUGGGCGCCGCGCACGCCGCCGUCUCAUGUUAUUCGGGAGGUGGCCCUCCCGCGGGUCGUCCAGACCGUUGAUCAACACAAAUUGCACGCGCGCAUCGCGGCGCUGCAGGGGCGGAAUGGAAUCUACUUCGCGGGCGCGCACGUCGUCCCGGGCAUGGGCCUGCUCGAGCAGGCCUGCGCGGCGGGCGACGCCGCGGCAGAUGGUGUUGUGCGGUCGCUGCGGGCGGGGGGCUUCGAGUGCUAG